CCCCCCGGUUGGAACACCGAACCCUAAUCUCCGUCUCGUGCGACUGGACUCGGGGGUGUGUGAUCGGAACGGCGGCGGCGGCAGCGGCAGCGGCAGUGGCAGCCCAGAAAAGAUUGAGAGAGUAGUUGGUCUUGAUUCAUCAUGGCGGCGGCGUACGGGGCGAUGAAACCGACGAAGUUAGGGCUGGAAGAGCCACAGGAGCAGCUCCAUCGCAUCCGGAUAACCCUUUCCUCCAAGAACGUCAAGAAUCUCGAGAAGGUAUGUGCGGAUCUGGUGAGGGGAGCGAAGGACAAGCGGCUGACCGUGAAGGGGCCCGUGAGGAUGCCCACCAAGGUUCUCCACAUCACCACCAGGAAAUCUCCCUGUGGUGAAGGAACCAACACAUGGGAUCGGUUUGAGCUCCGGGUGCACAAGAGGGUGAUUGAUCUGGUCAGCUCGUCUGAGGUUGUGAAGCAGAUCACCUCGAUCACCAUUGAGCCUGGGGUGGAGGUUGAGGUGACGAUCGCAGAACCAUGAGUUUGCCUUCAUUUGAGUUCAUAUGAUUAUCUAUAAUGUCUUCUUCUAUGUGAGCUAUUUUGCCGUUAGUUUGUUCUUGUUUCCUAGGGGUAAGUCGAGAGUUCGAAUCCUGUUUAAUCAUAGCAUUUUCCUGAUCUCAAGAAUUUUGCAACCCUCUUAAUUCUUCUGAGACCAA